UAGAGAAAAGGGAGAAAAGCAAUGACAAACCUAGACAGCAUCUUAAAAAGCAGAGACAUCACCUUGCCUACAAAGGUCCGUAUAGUUAAAGCUAUGGUUUUCCCAGUAGUGAUGAAUGGAAGUGAGAGCUGGACCAUAAAGAAGGCUGAUCGCCGAAGAAUUGAUGCUUUUGAAUUAUGGUGCUGGAGGAGACUCUUGAGAGUCCCAUGGACUGCAAGAAGAUCAAACCUAUCCAUUCUUAAGGAAAUCAGCCCUGAGUGCUCCCUGGAAGGACAGAUCGUGAAGCUGAGGCUCCAAUACUUUGGCCACCUCAUGAGAAGAGAAGAAUCCUUGGAAAAGACCCUGAUGUUGGGAAAGAUUGAGGGCACUAGGAGAUGGGGACGACAGAGGACAAGAUGGUUGGAUAGUGUUCUCGAAGCUACGAACAUGAGUUUGACCAAACUGCGGGAGGCAGUGCAAGACAGGAGUGCCUGGCGUGCUAUGGUCCAUGGGGUCACGAAGAGUCGGACACGACUAAACGACUAAACAACAACAAGAUAAAGACUCUAGGGUUGCGAUCGUCCCUCUGAAACCGGGGCGGACACACAUGGUAGGCCUAAUUUUUAACUCAUAGGCACAGCAGGAAAAGCUUUGCCUAAAGGCUUUUGAGCUGGUUCUUUCAAUUGUCCUUCGUGCUCCGUUUGGUAUCUCUGCUUCCAUGGAGAAGCGCGGCUACUUGAAAUCUUCGACGAUUGUCCAACUUUGUUCUCUUCUUAAGAACAAAGGUCAGCUCGUUCUAAAGCUCCAUUCUUAGCCACGUCUACUCAGAAGAAAGUCCUAAACUCCCAGGAAAGUGGAGUUAGGAAUGCACCCUUCCUUGGAGAGAGGACUUGCCCUGUGGGAUUUCCUUCUAAACAGACGGCAUAGGAUGGAACCAUCGGCUUCCUGAAGGCGGGAACUGACUUGACACUUAACUGAGCCGUAGCUUUUUUGAAAGGCGGCAUCUCUCUCUCCCCACCCGCUCCUGGUUGCUCCUGCUUGCCUCUCUUCCUUCUGCUCUGAUCUCCAAAGUGUUACUAAUUGCGCCUCCUGAAUCCACGCCUUUAAAAAGCAGCAGCCAAAAGGAGCUGGGAAAGAGACUGUUGUCCCCUUGGGAGAGAGGAGGGGGAAGCUCUACACAGACGUCCCCCCGUCCAAUCCCAUCCCCUAAGUAGGGGUCAUGGCGAUGAUGCUCUGAGCAAGUAGGCAGCCCCUGGGUGGGCAGCCUAGACUGUCCUGCGGGUAUAAAGAGCCCUGGCCUGGCCUGCCCGGCUCCCAGAUCCCGGGUGCCUGGCGCGCCGCCCCCAGCUCCAAGGAUGGACGAGUUGAUGGACGGCUGCCAGUUCUCUCCAUCCUCAGCCGUCUUCUUCUACGACAGCUCUUCCUGCAUCCCUUCCCCCGAGACGGAACUGGUGGAAGAGGACUUCGCGCAGCGGAUGGCAGCCUCCUCCUUGUCGUCCUCGUCGUCGUCUUCUUCCUUCGGAGCGCACCCGGCAGAUCUGCCCGGGGGAUCCGACGGCGAGGAGCACGUCCGGGCGCCCACGGGCCACCACCAAGCCGGCCACUGCCUGCUGUGGGCUUGCAAAGCCUGCAAGAAGAAGUCGAGCACGGUGGACCGGAGGAAGGCGGCCACCCUGCGGGAGAGGCGGAGACUGAAGAAAGUCAACCAAGCCUUCGAGGCUCUCAAGAGGUGCACCACGGCCAACCCUAGCCAGCGGCUGCCCAAGGUGGAGAUCCUGAGGAACGCCAUCCGCUACAUCGAGAGCCUCCAGGAGCUGCUGAGGGAGCAAGUUCACCACUACUACCGCUUGCCCGGCGGACAGAGUUGCUCCGAACCCAACAGCCCCACCUCCAGCUGCUCCGACGGCUUGGCUGAACGCAACAUCCCAAUGUGGUCUAGAAGAAACAUCGCUCAUGACAAUGUCUAUUGCUCUGAUCUCCAAAAUGUCUAUCCGUCUGAAGUGAGCACAGCCCUCUCCAGCCUGGAUUGUUUGUCCAGCAUAGUGGAUAGAAUCUCUUCCUCGGACCAGGCGGGUCUCUCUCUGCAGGACUCCACUUUGCUGCAGGAUUCUCCCGGUGCCAGCCCUGAGUCACAGCCAGGCACUCCGGAGACCCCUCAUCCCAAGCUCAUCUAUCAUGUACUAUGAGCUGGCUGAGAUUUGAAACCAGCUCCGGCCACGUUCGGACAUUGCUGAGAACUCCCAACAGCAACGAGAAGGAGGCUCUCCAUUGAAAUCCGAGGCCCUUGGAAUUCCACCGGACCAAAAAUAUGUAUAUAGAGGAGACGUCACUUUAAAAUGUGUACAUUUGUGAAUAUAUCUGCCCCGUCUCCCUUUCUACAAGGGGAAUGACCUUAUAUUUAACCAAGACAUCUAUAUUUUAAUAUUAUAUAAUUCUAUGUUGGGUUUUUAAACUGUGCCACGUUAAAACCCUAGUUAUUGUCAAGAAUGGACAUGCAGGCAGAGCUGGCUCAGGCAGAAAAACACUUCAUGUUUUGAGAUGCCCAAAAUGACAGAGAGAAUUUAAGUUAUAUUUUCAUAUGUGUAUUUUUCCCAACUGAGGAGAAAAACAACACCGACAUGCUGUUUGUUUGUUUUUAUAAGAGAUGAGCUGAAAAUUCUUAGAAGACAUUUUUCUGAGACAGGUUCUGUGGUUUUCUUUUUCUUAUGGGAUGAGAGAAAGAUGGCUGCCUUGCAGAAUUUUAUUUGAAUAUGUUCUACCAUUUUUGUGUGGGGCAACCAUCAUUUCCCCCACUUCUAUGACCUGGAGCAACUUCAGGUCUGUGUGGAGGAUGCAGAACGGCAGCCAGGCUUUCAACAAAGUGCCGGCUGCUUUCAUUUGCAGCAGGGGGAGAGGGUGGAGAGAAACUUUAGAGAAAAGGAAUGAAGAAAAAGAGAUACCAUUCUGCUAAUGGUCAGCUCCAUUCCUAAGAAAAUUUUGGAUAAUUUCUCCUCCCUCACAGAAAUUUUGCUGAAAUAGCACUCCCAUUUUUCUGCCCACAAAUAAAGUGGAGAAUUUUGAGAGGCAAUUUUCACACACCUCUGCUUUUUAUAGCAAUUAAACAGCCUUAACCAGGUAGGGUGAGGCAGUUUGCCUCAGAAAGGAGCAAAUUGUCAUUAUAUUUUGGCCACUAGGGGAGCCAUUGGAGACUCAUGUUCCUGCCUCUAGGGUUUUGCACUGCCUCUGUCUUUACUGCCAUAGUGGUAUCAUUUUACACAGAAGCCUUUAGAAAUCAAAUAGCACCCCCCAAAAAGUGUUUGAUGCUCCAUAUUACUAAUUCCAUUCAAGAGGCCCCUCCAACGGAGAGGAGCACUUAAAUGUUUUGGUGGGCUUUCUCCAAACUAAACUGAUGGUUGAAAAACUGGAAUGCAAAUCCAAUUCUGGUUUUAUUUUUUUAUAGCCAUGCUUUCAAUGCUAAUAAAAAAGCCUUGCAGAUUUUCUUUGGGGUUAGGGAAGAAAUCUGUGUUUCAGUUCAUUGUAUGUAAAAGAGAGUCUUGGUACAGUUUUGGAUUAUGGAGAAGCUCUUCAAUAUGUACUUAAAGAAAAACAAAGCAGGAAGGCUCAAGUGUAACAUUUAAAAGCACUUUUGAUCUCCAUGGAACUCAAUCAUGCAGUUUUAUGAAAGGAAAGAGUUCUGCAAAGGGCAAAGCACAUUCAGGUUUAUGGUGAUUAGCAAUUCUUCAGAGACCAGCUGAGCUAGCUAGUACUAAAAGUGAGAUAGUUCAUAGUGUGCAAAAUAUCACAAUGGAAAACUUCUCAAUUUAUAUGUAAUGUAACCCUGUUAUUUUCCCCCUGCCUUGGACAUCGAGGUGGGCAGGGGAGAAUAUGGUGAUGCUAGCAUAGAAGUUCCAAUCCGAUCCUUUUCAAUGCUUCUACUGCCUCUAUAAACUGUAAAUUUUGUACACCGGCUGUGACAGUAAUUACCCACCUUUACAACACAACCCUACACAGGUCUACCCAGUAGUUGGUACAAUUGAACUCAAUGGGGUUUGGUUCUUUAGGGUUAUGCUGGUGGUGUUUUCCAUACUAUUCAGCACAGACCACAGUAUAACUGUUGUGUAUGUGAAUGUGCUGUUCUUCUGGUGUGUUCCAUGUAGGUUAUUUUACACCAUCAGCGCCACAAGCAAAAUGCAAAAAUCCACUGUAAUAAAACAUAGCAACUAUGGAAAGUAUCAUCAGCUCCAACUACACACUAGAGAAGCUGUACGGAAUCCUCUGUUUCAGUUUGUGCCACCAUGACCUUGCAAAUGACCUUCUGCAAGGCAUGCAGUGUAACACUGACAAACCACAUGCCCGUAAUAUAAUAUACGCCUCUUUCUGGCUAGCUGGCAUUUUCAAGAGUCGCAAGCAAGGUCAAUGGCUCUCUUUUCGGCAGGCAAAUGUUUUCAAACAGAGAGUCCUGCCGUUCAUGCCUUACUAUCCCGAAACAGCUGUAUGUCAAGCUUGAAUAUCAAGCUGAAGAGCGUUUCCUACAGCAGAAGGCACCAGGAUGUUGGAUUGUUGCGAAUGUUGUAAAACUAUCCAUGACUCCAAAAGCCUUUAUCGUGGGAACUUUUCUAUCUGGAGGAGUGUACUCAGGAGGACACACCUGAGCUGUAUCUACAGGGCUUUAAAUGCCAAAUCAAAGCAAAUGAGAGAAGUGAGUUAUGCAAGUUCCCUUGAACAUGUGGACACCCAGAGCCCAAUAAUGUAAAUUGUGCUGUAAUAUGCAUUGCACUGGUCCAUAAGGGAAGGUCCAUCAUAGCUUAGUGGUACAGUACUUGCUCCAGGCAGGGUUGGGCGUGAUCCUUGCCUGAAACUCUAGAGUGCCAGUCAGUGGGCCAAUCAGUAUCAGCAAUACUGCACUAAAUAGACCAAUGGCCCUCUGCUCCUAUCAGCUACACAGGUGACAGGGACUACCCAAGGCUCUGGCCUCCAGCGUGUCUGUAAGGACUCUGGGGAAUUGUUGCACUACUUUGGCAUCUAUCCAUUUCCUGAGAAUAAAUUGCUGUGCAGACGGACUCUUAGAUUCACCUGUCUGCAUUUGUAGAUGAUUUUAAGGUUCAUAGGAGAAAGAAUCAGCUUUCUUGACCCAUGAAAUCCCUACAGUUCUUACAACCUAACCCUAUGCCCGUCUGCAUAAGAAGAAAGUCCUACUGAGUUAAAUGGCUCUUACUCCCAAGGAGGGGUGGUCCAUCCCAUUUUGCCACCUGAGGCGCAACAAGAAUGUGCAGCUCCCUGGCCCGCCGUGCCCCAUCCACUUCACUUCAGCCACCAGCAGGAUGCCCCCACCUCUCAUCAAACGUGCAGAGAGUCAAGGCAUUGCUUCGCAUCUUCUCCACCCCCAGAAGAUGAGCAACGCUGUGUGCUGGAACGCCUGCUUCUCACGGGUGAGAGGGCAGUGUUUUGGUGGCAGUGCCGGCAGUGGGGUGGAUGAGGUGUCAUAUUUUCUGCUUCUGCUGCCUGAGAUGUGUGCAUUUGCCCCACUUCAUUGGUGAGUUGGCUCUGCUCCCAAGUAUAAAUGUGUAGGAUUGCAGCCUUAAAAAUAAAGGAGCUCAUCUCAAGGUUUGAACCUGGCAAGCAACGGUCUGUAGAAAUUCUAAAACGAAAACUGGCAAUAUGGCCUCCUUUUUAAAACCUGAGUAGUGGUUCUACCUGGGGAAAUAAGUUCAUUUGUUUAUUUUGUGAGGUUAUAUACCAUUGCAUUGUAAUAAAACCUUACUUAAAACCAGUAUGUAUGGGCUAAAACUCCUUUGUUGACUAGCAAGGCCACUCUUGUUGUUGUUGUUGUUUAGUCGUUUAGUCGUGUCCGACUCUUCGUGACCCCAUGGACCAUAGCACGCCAGGCACUCCUGUCUUGCACUGCCUCCCGCAGUUUGGUCAAACUCAUGUUCGUAGCUUCGAGAACACUUACACCUCAAUAACUGUUGAUAAAUACCAGGGGUGGCCAACUUCCAAGAGACUGCGAUCUACUCACAGAAUUUAAAA